CAGAGGCAAAGGGGAAGGAAAGAGGAAACAAGAAAGCGACGCAAAGGCAGAAUUGUGGGCACCUCGUUAUCACGGGAUGGGCCUUUAUCUUCGUGGCCAUUCCUCCAGGGGUGACAGACUGGGUGAGAGCGGAAACGUGGGACCGAAGGGUCAGGGGUGUGGGGGGGUGACGUUUCCUUAAAUAAAAUGCGCGUUACAUUUAAAAUCGCUUUUCUGAGUCCGCCUGCAUAGUUUAAGCAACAGGGAGAGUUUUAGUCAGGGGGAAAAAAAGAAGUGCCGAGGAAUGCCCCGAGGAGAAAACUCCCGGUCGUACCAAGAGUUCAAUGAUGACGAGGACUAUGACGAAGGCAACACACAAGACUCCUUUGACGACAUCAAUGAGGAUGAGGACCUGGGGACCGAGGAGCCCGACGGCAUCGUUACACAGGAGGAUGACGCCCGGGGGAGCAGCCCGCCCAUGAGGUUCAGCAAGAUCUGUGUGAAGAACGUGUUCACGGUGGUGCUCAUCUUCAUCUACCUGCUGCUGACUGCCGUGGCCGUCUUCCUGGCCUACCAGACCAUCUCUGACUUUUUGGAGAAAAUGAGCCAGCCCGUCAUGUCCGUCACCUACAAAGAGGUGGACUCGUUUUCUCCCCCUGGUAUUGCCCUGUACCCCACCAACGCCCAGCUGCUGAGCUGCAAGCACCACUACCAUGACUACAUUCCACCUUUGGUGGACCCAGGCAAGCCUCAAGAAGGGGACUGCGAAACCACUGAAGUGACCUACAUGGGGCCGUUCGCCAAUCAGACAGCGAAACGGGCCCUGGUGGUUCGCGGCCCCUCCGACGUGAGGAACAAGGAGCUCAUCUUCAUGCAGUUCAGUCAGAAUGAAACGCAGGAGGACUUCAGCGCCAUCACUUACAUGCUGUUUGCUCGCUUUAGCGACUUGAUCGAAAGUGCAAACAAGUCAGAGUUUAUGAGGGACUGCGAGAGAAAUUACUCCAUGUGGACCUUUUCCGGCGGAUUCCGAACCUGGGUCAAAAUGUCUUUCGUGAAGACCUAUGGGAAAAGCGAGGAGGCCGCUGAAUUUCGGCAAGAGUCGGCUGUGGUGAAAUUCAACGACAAGAGGCCCGAACAAGAGCAAACCAAUCAGCUCUUCUUUGCCGUCUUUGAGUGGCGGGAUCCUUACAAGCAGGAGAUCAGGCUGAUAGUUACUGCGAAUCCCUGGAGCUCCAUAGCCAUCCUCUGUGGGGUCUUCAUGGCUCUCUUCAAAGCUGCGAACUUUGCCCACUUUACCGUAAAAUGGAUCAUAAAGAUGCGGAAGAGACAUCUGAAGCAUAAAGAAAGGGAACUAAACCAGAUGAACUGAAACGCUACAAAAUGUGUUGGUGACACAACUCUAAAGGGAUACUGAUGAUCCAUGGGACCAAACAUCGCUUGUUUUUUUUGCCCACAUGUGUAUUUCGAUGUCACUAAAUUGACUUUUUAGUUAGCACUGGUUUCAAUGAUUAAUAGUAAGUACAUUCUUAUUGAUGGUGUUUCACCUGCCCUCACAUUUGAACUGACAGUGAGCUGAUAAAUUGCUCAAUUACCUGUCGCAAAGCAAAUACCUCUUUCCCCAUAAGCAGCUAUCACAGGCUUUUUUUUUUAAGGGAGCAUGUCUCAUGUGUCUUUAAAGCAAUUGAUUAUAUUGUGAAUAUAUAGUUCAGACUGGUGAUAUGUCUCUAUUGGCUGUGAUUCAGGACAAGUAAUUGUUUUCUAAACCUGAAACAAACUGACACUAUGGUGGACACUCAAAAGUGAAAAAUAGAGAUCUUCAAAUUUUAACUAUACUUUAAUAGUGAUAUUUUUUAUGUUAUUUCUUUACCGACUUGCUCCAAAAAUAGCUACUGAGUCACGUUAUUUUAAUCUUUGCCAAGUCAGAUGUAUUGUACAAAUCUGCUUCCAUUCCAGCUAAUGUGCAUGAGUCAUUUCCCCAAAAAAGCCAAAAACUACUUGCAUUUCGCUUUUUUUUUUUUUUCACACUGAGUUGAAACUUUUCUUUAUAUCCCUUCACCUUUUUGUAAGCAUCUAAAACUUCAUUAAAAACUGUGAUAGAAACCUGGAUAAGGCCUCAUCUACAGAAGGGACACAUAGGCAUUAUGUACACAUAGAUCGUCAUUCUUCUGUAGAGGAAAAAGUUGUUCUCACCCCAAUAAAUUGUGAAACCACAAGUUUUUAGCACAGAAAACUUAAAGAUACUUAUUUCUAGUACUGAUAAAUUAAUUGGGACUGUAAGUGUAUAGUGCUUUUAAAGAAAAAAUAUGUUGCGUUGAUAUUUUUAAAGAAAGGGAAACUUCUUGCGUGCACAGAAAAAUGUUUCCGUAAUCUAAGACACUAUAAGGUUAUUUUCUACAGAAAUCUCAGGUGUCAAACUCAGAAAUUGUGAACUUUAUUAAAACUUUUGCUGGUCUUUGUGUCGAUACAACUAUUUUAAAGGAAGUGUUGUGUGUUACCUUUUUUACUUUUUACAAUAGAAAAAGGAAUCAUCUUGGUUCUAAAAAGAGAUUAUUUCAAUCUGCUGUUUGUUUUUUAUUGCGCCAGGUCAAUGUUGUGGUGUCAGGGCUGCUGUUUUCAUCUGAUUCUAAGACAAUGUUGCUGUGUAAUUUAACUUAAAGUUGUAAUUUGCUGUGUCACUCUUGCAUGUAAAGCUUUUUGGGAUUUGGAAAUUAAAGAUGCUCCUGUGCCCGAAACGUUAUUUCAUGGACUUAGUCCAGAAUCGAGAUGACUUUUUAUCCUUUUAGAUACCGACGUUUUUCUAGUGAACUGUCUGUUUUCCCAGCGAAAUAAAAAUCGAGAUUUUUCUAAUAGUG